AUGGAUUCGUGUGCUACGGUGAGCAAUAAACAUGAAGUAAUGUUUUCUACUAUUCAUGAUCGUUUACAAGUCCAGUUUGGGUCUGCAGUACCAACAACCUGCUUUCGAGAUAACUUAAAACGCGACAAUGUAGAAAAUUUUAUCGUGAUUGGGCUUUUCGAGAUGGAAAAUGACCAUGCAGUACAAUUAAAGAGUCAGUUACAAAAUAGUUUCAAUGUAACUCGCUUAUUUUCGGAUGCCGAUUCAGCUGUCGUUUUCAUGAAGACUAUACUGCAAGAAAAUAUUUUUUUUAUUAUCUCUGUCAGUUUAUUGGAUCCUAUAGUAAUACCCUCUGUUCAACAUCUGUCUCAACUCUAUGCGAUUUACGUAAUUUGCGACGAAAAAGAAAAACAUGACUUACAUUGGUUGAAAAACUAUAGCAAAGUGAAAGGUGUUUUCAGUGAUAUUUCUUCUGUUUGCGAAAGUAUCAUAGUAUACAAACGAGAAGUUGAACAUUCUUUGAUCGGACUAGAUAUCUUUGGGCAAUAUGGGUCUAUGUCGUUGGAAACAAAUAACAAACAAGAUGGUAAUUUUAUGUGCUCUCAACUUUUCAAAGAACUAAUACUGCAAACUGAAGAUCAAUGUAGAGAAGAUAUAGCUAUGUUCGCACGCAAAUAUUACACUGAUAAUCCACAGCAACUUGCUUACAUUUCAGAGUUUGAAAAUACUUACGAUCCGUCGGAAGCCAUAACAUGGUAUACGCGUAAUACAUUCCUCUACAGAAUGGUGAAUAAAGCGCUUCGAACUCAGGAUCAUUUGGUAGUGUACGCUUUUCGUCUUUUUAUCCGUAAUCUUCACAUGAAACUCAAUCUUCUCCAAGCCGAGAAUAAAUCGAUAAAUAACAAACUUGUGCUCUAUCGUGGACAAUCUCUAACAAGAGACGAUUUUGAGAAGCUGAAAUCGAACAUUGGUGGUCUCCUUUCUGUGAACACUUUUCUCUCGACGAGCGAAAAAAAAGACAUUGCUCUUCUAUUUACCGGUGGAACAAUCGAGGAUUCAGAUACAGAAGGAAUUCUCUUUGAAAUCGAUAUCAGUACAAAUGAGGUAUCAAGUGCGCCAUACGCAAAUGUUGAUCAGUUUAGUGCAUUUCAAGGAACCGAGAAAGAAUAUCUCUUUUCGAUGGGCACGGUCUUUCGAAUUAAAUCAAUAGACAAAAUUAGCGGUAGUGCAGUUUGGAACGUUCGACUCAGCCUAACGAAUCAUACGGAUGCGCAAGUGGAAAACUUGAAUCUGUAUAUGAGACAAGGAUUACAACAGUGUAAGACGGUAUUAUCAAAGUUUACGAACCUCAUGCAGCAAAUGAAUUUUCCAGAAAAGGCAUCGCAUUUUUAUAUGAAAAAUUCCGAUAUAGAGAAGAACCCGAUUAUAGAAGAUAUCACAUUGAAAUAUCUCAUCGGAGACCUCUGUCUUCAUGCGAAUAAUUAUGAAGGUGCACUCAAUUAUUAUCAAAAAGUUCUCGAGGAUAUGAACGAAAAUAUGCAAGAAAAACCUAUGUUUGUCUGCAAUCUCUACAAUAGAAUUGGAAACACUUACGUAAAACUAGGAAACCUCGAUCUUGCUCACGAGUUUCAUCAACGCGCAUUUGACUUAGCGCUGUCUCUUCCUGAAAUAAAUCAAUGUCAAAUAGCCGCUCACUACAUCUAUCAAGGUGACAUCGUGAUGGAACAGAACAAUAUGGAUGCAGCGAUCAUCUUUUAUCAGAAGGGGCUAGCUCUUCUAAUAGCUCAUCUUCCUUCGACGCAUUCUAGCAUUGCUCAUACAUACAGCCGUAUCGCUCAUGUCUACAGACAACAAGAAAAGAUACAGGAGGCAUUGGAAAUGUUUGAGAAAAGUCUUUCUGUUCUUGUCGAUUCUUCAGCUGCAAACCAUCCGUCUAUCUCUGCGACUCAUCGUCAUAUUUCAACGUUACUGUGGAUCCUCGCUCGUGAUGAAGAAGCACUACAUCAUGGACUACAAGCUUUGCAGAUCGGUGCUAACACGCUACACGUGGAUGAUCCACAGAUGAAAAGACGUCAAGAUUGGGUGGAUUUUCUGCGUCGCGAUAUACAUGAUCAUAAGUGUAGACUUGAAGAAAACUCUCACGACUGGGACCAGCUGUUAGCUCUGAUUAAAGGGGAUGUUAAUACUUCGAGCUGA